AUGCUGCGCUUUCACUUUCAGAGUCUAGGUGAGGAUGUAAGUUCAGUUUAUGUGAAGGAGUUUGGGCGCGAUAUUUCGAAGGAUGAAAUCUACCAGAUCAUUGUGGCUGACAUGAUGAUAUGCGUCAUUGAGAUUGAUUGGAGGGAUUUCUUCCCGUACCUCAGCUGGAUUCCAAACAAGAGCUUUGAUACAACAGUUGCUACCACGGAAUCUAGGCGAACCGUGGUGAUGCGAGCCAUGGUCGAUCAACAGAAGGAAAGAAUUGCACGCGGCAAGGCAAAGGCAUCCUAUCUGGACUUUUUGUUGGCAGGGAACACAUUGACAGAUGACCAAGUAACGAUGCUAGUGUGGGAGGCAAUCAUAGAGGGUGCAGAUACUACUUUGGUGACGACCGAGUGGGCUAUGUACGAGCUUGCCAAAAACCCCGAAAAACAGGAUCGUCUCUACCGGGAGAUCCAGGAGGUGUGCGGCGAGGACAUGGUCACGGAGGACCAUCUUCUUCGGCUGCCGUACCUGAAUGCCGUGUUCCACGAGACGCUGCGGCGCCAUUCUCCUGUCUCGCUUCUGCCUCCAAGGUUCGUCCAUGAGACCACCACACUCGCCGGCUACGAGGUCCAGGCCGGAACAGAGGUGAUCGUCAAUGUGUACGCGUGCAACAUGGACAAGAAAGAGUGGGAGGAGCCCGAGGAGUGGACGCCGGAGAGGUUCCUGAACGACGGCAGGUUCGACGUCGCUGACAUGUACAAGAUCAUUGCAUUCGGCGCUGGGAGGAGGGUCUGCGCCGGGAGCGCGCAGGCCACAGGCAUUUCGUGUGCCGCCAUGGCGAGGUUCGUGCAGGAAUUCGCAUGGACGCUCAAGGAGGGCGACGAGGACAAGGUGGACACCGUCCAGCUCAUGGGCUACAAGCUUCACCCCCUCUACGUGUAUCUCUCGCCGAGGAGAGGGAGGCAGUGA